AUGCAUUUCAUAAUCACUAUUAACAACAGAAGUCAAAGAUCUAUAGAUGGGAGUAGAGAAUUAUCAUGUGAUAGAGCUUGUAGGCGAAGGGUCUUUUUGAAAAGUAUACAAGGGAAGAAGAAACUAUACUGGCCAGACUGUUGCAAUGAAUUUUGUGUUGUCACUGAAUUAGCCCAUGGUGACUUAUUUGAGAAUCUAGAGGAUGAUAAAUGCCUUCCCGAAGAAGAAGUUCAGAGAAUUGCAAAACAGUUGGUCAGAGCUUUGCAUUACUUGCAUUCCAACCGUAUUAUUCAUCGUGACUUGAAGCCACAAAACAUCUUGAUUUGUGUUGGGGGUGUUGUUAAGCAAUCUCCACAAAUACAGUUGUCUUACGCUCGAUUAAAGGUACUCCUUUGUACAUGGCUCCAUAACUACCAAAAGUUUAAUUCACUCAUUUCUAGAAAGUAUGAGUUAUUUGUGGGCCAGCCUCCAUUUAAUGCAAAUUCAUUUUAUCCACUUAUUUGCCACAUCGUUGAGGAUCCUGUGAAGUACCCAAACAUCAUGAGUUUAAAAUUCAAAAAUUUUCUUAAGGGUCUGAUUAAUAAGGAUCCUCAUUACAGGUUGACAUGGCCACGUCUUCUUGACCAUCCAUUUGUUGCAGAAAUUUUUGAAAAUGUUGAGGCUACGAUUUUGGAAAAAUUAGAAAAUAACUCUCGCACUAUAGAAGGUGCAAAGUUAAUCACUCAAGAUAACGAAGCACUAUCAAUUAUUUUGUUGCCUCUCAAAAGCAUGGUGUGCAGGGAUCAAGAUGUUGUCAAUAAAAACAAGUCCCUAAGAAUUUUUCAAGCACAUUGGGUUGCCAUAGUUGCAUGGGUUGCCAUAGUUGCACUCUUUAAAGAGGUUUUAAGCAAUUCAGAAAUCCACAAAAAGUCAUACAGAUGGCGGCAUUCAGGGCUGAGGAAGGAGGCGAUGAUAGCCUAUGGCAUGGUAGAUGUUUGCUGGCAGAAUUGA